ACGUCGUGGGCGUAGCGGCUUCUUGUAAUGGCGACCGUGCCGUAGAUGUGCCUAGGUUUGUGAAAAUGAAGCGAAGAAGAAGUUAUUUCUUUUAAGUAAAACGCCGAGGUUCCCCAGAGGAGGACUUUGCGUCUACAAGCAUCAUCUUUAUAAGUGGUAAACUUAGCUGUACUUUUGAACUUUUAUGCCCUUUGAAAUGAUGAAGCUCAAGUCAAACCAAACCCGGACGUACGACGGGGAUGGCUACAAGAAGCGGGCCGCCUGUCUGUGUUUCAGGAGCGAGACUGAGGAGGAGGUACUGCUGGUGAGCAGUAGUCGACAUCCUGACAAGUGGAUAGUUCCUGGAGGGGGAAUGGAGCCCGAGGAGGAGCCCAGUGUUGCUGCAGCUCGAGAAGUGUGUGAAGAGGCCGGUGUGAAGGGGACUUUAGGUCGCUUAGUUGGAGUAUUUGAGAACCAAGAGAGGAAACACAGAACCUACGUCUACGUUCUUAUUGUAACAGAGUUGCUGGAGGACUGGGAGGACUCGGUCAACAUUGGGAGAAAAAGGGAAUGGUUUAAAAUAGACGAUGCCAUGCAAGUGUUGCAGUGUCACAAGCCUGUGCAGGCCACCUACUUCGAGGCUCUCCAGGAGAGUUGCCCGACCAGUAAUGGAACACCUUUGGUGGCAACGAUAGGCGGGGACCUUUCCCCUACCUACAGCAUCAAUCAGAGCUCCGUCUCGGGUAUCAGAUAACUAAAACUCUGACACCUCCGGGAGUUUUCGCCACCACUUGCGCUCUUACUUGUGUCAUUUCUCUUCUGUUCUUUUCUCUUCUGUCUAAAUAACAUGGUUUGCCUUGCCAACUCCUUUGUGCCAGAACUGUGGCGCAGACCUGAUGACAAGUGUUGGGUGAAUAGUCUGAAACACUUUGUAAAUGUAAAUGUAAUUUUGACCCCUAUUUUUUGUUUUCUUUUUACUGACAACUGCAUGAAAUGUCUCCUCGCUCCCCUCAUUCUCUUUCCUUAACGCGCCCUUAGCGCGGUGUUUAUUGAAUGCAAGAACUACUUUUUACUGUUGUAAUGUAAAACUGUAUACUUAGUGCUUACGCUGAAGGCUUUUGGUGGUCUUUUUUAAAGUCUCCUCCAUUUUAUUUUAUUUUUUUUUUCAGUUAUUUCUCAAUGAAUGUGCCCAUUAGUGUACUCUCUCCCCUGUUAAUAAGGAUAGGAAAUGUUGUCUGUAUCUGAAUGAACACAAUUGUGGGAAGUGACUUGUCUUGCAUGAGCACUGUUAUGUUGUGUCUCACUCGCUCGAGUGACCUGAUGCUGACUGUGCAACAGACUUGUGGUAAGGUCUUCAUUUUGCUCCAUAUCGUGGUUUUUGGAGUCUCUUGAAUCAGAAGGAUAUGGCCCCUCACUAGUUCUUCAAUUUCAAGUGUCAAGUGUGUUUCUCUCUCAUUUGGGAAGCAAGCCAAGCACUACAGGUUUCAACAGAGCAUAUAGACUGUAAAGAGAGACUGUCAACAUACAAUGUCAAAUUACCACCUUUCUCCUCAGUGUCUUUACAUCCUUUUUAAUCCUUUUUAUCUAUUUUUUUUUUAUUUAUUUAUUUUUUUUUUUAUAAAUUCUUUCCUUACAAAGUCUUCCUCCACAUACUGAGAGGGUAGAAGUAGUAGAGCUUAAAAUCAUUGAGUCAUGGUUAUUUCAAAAUGCAGCACAUAUCACUUAAGUUAUUAAAGCCCAUUUCCAUAUUUAACUCCUCACAUUCAGUUUGGUUAAAAGCAAUUGUUUACACUGUGUUCGUAACAGCACAGGUGACUAGUGAGCGCUUAUUAUGGUCAUGAUAUUGCUUCUUUUUUUUUUUUUUUUUUACCCAUCCUUUUUAAGUAUAGUAUUUAAUCGGCAUCCCAAAAACACUCAAAACACCUGCUUGACAUCGAAAUAUAACGCUGAUGCAGAACAAACAAACCUUGUACAGUUUGAGACCUCGUUUUUAACAUGUAAAAUGCUUUUGGAUACUAGUUUUUGUUUUUAUGUUUUUCUCUCUAACGUCUGGCAAAAGUCUCUUUAGCCGAGCUGCGUCACUUGGCCUCGAUGUGGCAGGGGCAGCUGGCUCAAUACUGUGAAACUGGAGGCGCUGUAGAUAGCAUGUUAGAGGUUUUUAUUGUAAAUUGUUUAUUUCUGUAUAGAUCAAAGGUGAGAGUACAAAUGACAAAACACCUGUUGCACAUCUGUGAGUCCGACAUGUCAUUUCAACCGAGGCUGGAAGAAGUGAUUGGCGUUGGCUUUGGAGCUGUUGGGAACUUUCUCUUGAGAUAGCGUACAGUACUUCUGAGGCUAAAGAACAAGGCAUGUGGCUGUGGUUGUUGGUGAGAGUGAAAAGUCUAUGAUAGAAUAUUCUCAAAAUCCUUCCUUUUCAUUUAGACCAAAACAAAUUUGUAACCGUAAGUGAUUCUGUUUUUUGGCCAAGCUAAAGUCUAGUUUCCAAACCACUAGUUUAAAAGUAAAGCAGACCUGAAAUGUCUUUUCAAGCCAGCAGCUGUUCCACUGUCCCCAGUCAGUGUGUUUUCUUAUAGGCUGUUUCUUUGAUUGGUCUUCCUAAAAAAGGUAAACAUGAUUGUGGUUUUCUAUCCAUAUUUAAACCUGUAAUAAGAGUUUUUGACCACUUGGGAGCUGCGGAAAACAAGCUGUAAACACAACAUUGACGUUUUUUAUUAUUAUUUUUUUUUUUAAAGAUUAUAUGGCAAACUUGUUGGCAAAAAGUUGACAUAUUUACACAUACACAUAUGGAGCAAAAUUGGCAUACGUUGUAUGUAUUUUUUUAAUACACAAGUCAAUGAUUACCUUGCCAGCACAACUACAGCUCUAAUUGGGUUUUUAUCUUGCACCUAUUGCUAAGAUUCAUGAGAGCUGUAGUUUUCGAAUGUCAACAAAAUAAGCAAAGUUUAAUCUUGGUUAAAAAUGAUGGGGUGCUCAAUAUUUACUGUCCAGUACAGUAGCAGAUGUUCAUUUAACUUUGAAUAUGGACAGAAAACUCGAGUAUCAUGAUUCAGUCGAACAGAAACUGAUGGGGGGGG